AUGCACGGGGCAACGUUCAAGUUGUCGGUCGAAAUCGUGCCCGAGAAUAGAUUGUUGAAUCCCGCGCAGACAGCCGCGCUCGAGGGCAUUUUUACGAAAUGCUGCUCGUCGACGACGUCGUGCCCGGUUUGGAAAACUGCCAGAAGAUACGGUUACGAUCCCUGCCACUGGGGCUUGGCUGGAUGCACGAAGGCGAACGAGACGAAAUGGUUGAAUCUGCAGGGGCUGUACUUGGAUUGCGAGCUCGGUUCAUCCGACGUCAGCGCAUUCGGGUCGUCGUUGCGUAGGCUGUAUGUCGGACAAAACACGGCGCUGAAACUCGCCGACGAAGACGCGACGAUUGGAUUGUUGAAGGUGCUUCCGAAUUUGGUAGAAAUAGACGUCACCGGAAUCGAUCUACAGGGGCGAACCGUGGAUGGACUGUGUCACGCAUCGGUGAGCGCGAACUUGACGCGUAUCGGUUUGAACACGGCGAACGUGUCGGGUGCGUUGUCACAGUGCGUGGUGGAUAAACCUCAGUUGAUGGAUCUCGCGAUGCAGUACAAUUACUUGACCGGAACGCUGCCAUCACUACCAUCGUCGUCCAACUUACGAACGUUGUAUCUCCACGAGCAAAGGUCGGCAGACAGCAUCAGCGGCGUUCUACCGCCGUCGUACGUCAGCUCGACGACGCUCGAGCACUUGUGGCUGACCAAUCUGAAACUCUCGGGCGCGUUGCCCGACGUGUUUUCGCCGACAGGCGUGUGGCGAGAGAUAUACUUGAACAAAAAUGCAUUUAACGGUACGAUUCCAGCGUCUCUGGGCUCGCAGCGAUAUCUGCCGGUGCUCGACUUGUCCUUCAACGCGUUCUCAGGAGCGGUUCCCGGCGGUAUUUACGAUCACCCGAACCGCACGCACGUUGGCAUCAAGUCGAACAAAUUGACGCAAGUGAGCGUGUCCUCAAUCCACAGCCCGCCGGGCGCGUCGCUGAUACGUCUCGAUGCGUCCAAAAACGUAGUCAACGAGACGGGCGUGUCGACGAUAUUCACUCGAAUGCCGAAGCUGCAGUAUCUCUACUUGAACGACAAUGAACUUCACGGCGUCAUCUUGGACGACUCGACGACGCCGGUUUGGGCGCUUCGGCAAUUAGACGUGAGUACAAACUAUCUCGAAGGCGAAAUUCCUGGCGCCUCGUAUUGGGGUAAAAUCUUCACGUCGAGCGCGCCCGCGGGACGAAAGUUUGACAUAUCGCAAAACCUGUACACCAGAGCCCCAUCCUGGUUCGGCGCUUACACCGGCGAUUCUGGUCUGACGAUCACACUGGGCAGCGGGUUGUACGAUCCAUCCUCCGAUCCCGACGCCGCGCUCGCGUCUGCGAAUGCAAAGCCUACGGUGUCGAAAUUCAUGCUAGCGCUGUUGCUCAUAACGCUCUUCGCCAUGAGUGGACUGGGCCUGUACUUGGGCAUUUAUAUCUUGGUGCAACGGCGAAAUCGGGCGCACGCGAAUCGCUUUAGGCAGUUUCAUGACUUUGACCAAGGUCAAGGCGUCGAGAUGGCGUAA